AUGCUUGUUGCUAUAAAAGUCAUGAUUUUUCAUCAAAAUAGCUCCAAUAAGAGAAACCUAACUGAUCCUGACAGCGAAUUGGAUGUGCCAAAAAAGCAAAAAAUAAAAUCAUCUUUUCAACAUCCCUUGGGAAUUAAGCCAUGGGGUAAUUAUUACGUCGAUUCAAUAAAUAAUAAUUUCCAAAUUAGCUGUAGGGAAUCAAGCUUGGGAACUCUCGCGCGCCUAACUGACGACCUGAUAUUAGAAAUUCUCGGCCUGUUAUCUAUCAGAGACCUUUUGGCAAUAAGCGCCACAAGUAAAGUGUGUUACUGUUUUGCGACAUUUGAUGAAUUAUGGAAACAGUUGGUAAUUCGAAAAUACAACGGUGAUUGGUGGUGGCAAGGAACUUGGAGACUUACAUUCCUGAAAC